AUGGAAGAUAUUGGGAACGUUAAUUUACUUGAUGGAGAAAAAGAAAAUGGAUUUCAGGGUAAAACUGGAUUUAGUAUUCGUUGGCACUCUACAAAUAAGUCUAGGGUUGAGCCUUUUGAAGUGAUAGUGCGCACAUUUUGUUGUUCACGUCAAGGACUGAGAGGCCGUAGAGCUAAGCCUGUUGAAGAAAGGAAAAGGCAACAAGCCGAUGUGAGGACAUAUUGCAAGUUAGUGAUGAUGAUAAAGAAGAGAAACGACAGAUGGGUUGUGUCCCGUGUUGUAGAAGAACGCAAUCAUAAACUUGUUUUCCCAAAUAAAAAGCACAAUCUUCGGUCAUUGAGAAUUAUAAGUAGUGUGCAAAAACAACAAAUUGUGAACUAUCGAAUAGCAGGCGUCAAAACAGAUCAAUUAAUAAGCUAUUUGGCAGUUGAGAAUGGUGGAGUGAAGAACAUUGGGUUUCUUCCAAAAAAUGCUAGAAAUUAUUUGAGUACAAGACGCCAAUUGGAGCUAAAACAUGGAGAUGCUCAAGCUGUACUAGACUACUUCGAACGUCAACAAAUGCAAAAUCCAUCAUUUUUCUAUUCAAUUCAGGUAGAUUCAUAA